AUGUCGGACCACUCGCGCUCGUCGGAGACCUCCAGCGUACAAGAGGAAGAGUUCCAAGGUCCAAGGUGGCGAGAGGAUAUCGACAUCGUUGUAAUUCAUGGCGAUGAAGAUGGAAAAAAGUGUUCGCCGGAUCUGGAAAAUGCUAAACCGCUGCAAGACUCCCUGUUUGACCGAAUCGGCGAGAUUCGAGAAAAAAUAAUUUUUGAGUACGAUGUUGGGGCAACGUUCGGGGCUGGCAAAACCGCUGGCUUUGAUGAAGCGGCCGUGAACUUGCUUGAGACCAUCUGCAAAAGCGACAACAAGAAUGAAAAUGCAAAUGGAGCCGGUGGAAGCAGAAACAAUAGUCUUGUUCCCUUGGUAAUGAUUGCUCAUGGUUUGGGUGGCCGCAUUGUGCAAAGAGCCUUAUGCAUGGCUAGGCGGAGCUUGAAGUAUCGAUCGAUUGAACUUCGAACCGAAUUGCUGAUGUUUGUUGGCACACCACAAGUCUCGUCAAAAUACGACGAGUUGAUGGGUGAUCUACUUUGGAGUGACGUGAGACGGGAAUUUCUGUCUUUUGCAUUGCGCUAUCGUAUUAUAUCCAUCAACCAAGACCUCGAGAUCGGUUCGUCGAGGGACAUCUUCUUCUUGGAUUGUCCGACGGAAAAGCGCCUGACUCGCAACACGCAAUACAUGGAUCUGGGUCAAUUUUCCCUGGAAGACGAAGACCUCAUGGUAUUGACUAGGGAGACUGAAAGUCUCCUGAAGCCAAGCCAUUUUGACGAUUAUUACGACGAAUACCUUGCUGUUUUGCAAUUUAUGAAUAAGAAGAGGUCUUUAAAGAUAUAUCAAGAUGAGCCCACGGCGCAAUCCCGAUCUUUCAAGUGGAUGGAACAAGAGCGUCCGAAGAUUGAAAGAUGGCUGUCGGAAUCGGCUUCCAGGAUCCUUCUCGUGAGCGGCGAUGAGGGCUUAGGCAUGCGUCCGGAAUCUCAACACCUGAUGGAGGAGGCAGAAGAACGGUACAAGGAGAGUGCUAUGAGUACCGUUUCCGCUUCAUUCACCUUUGACUCCUUUGACGAUCGUUUCAAUACCCUGGAGGCAUUGUUUACAUCGCUUGUCCUGCAACUUUUACUGGCCGAUCCAACUCUAUUCAGUCUCCUCGCCGAUGUCGAAGCGGGCUCUGUUGCAGAUAUGCUAUCGGACGACACCAAUGAACCAAUGGUAUCUCGACUCUGGCGCUUGAUGAAGACUUUGCUGUUAUACCGCAGGAGAUGCGCUAUCGUUUGCGGUAUCAACGCAAUUCAAGACUGCAAGUCAGAUUAUACGGCAUUUUUGGAAGAUCUCAAGAACCUUUGCAGUAUAUCGGAAGCAAACUUUAAAAUUGUCAUUACGAGUGUCUAUGACGGAACUACACUUAAGAUCCCUCUUAGCAUUGCCCUAGAUCAGGAGGAGGCCAUGAAGCUGCAGAGAGAUGAAGUCAUGAAGUCUGUAUCUAUAUUUAUCAGCACUAGACAUGAUUUGAAAGAGCUUGAACGCUACAUUGCGAGCACGAUAUUCGAGACGAUAGGCACAAACUUCUGGCAGGCCAACUUGCACCUCAAGUACCUGGAAAUGAGUAUGACGCAUACUACGCCAAAGUCUAUCAGAGACACGAUGACAUCGCUGGGCGCCGGACCAGCCCAGUCGAUUAUAAGCCGUUUUCUCCACAGGCUCAUAGAUCAUGGCAAAGAUCGGAGUCUAAGAAUGCUUGCAUGGAUUACCUACGGGUUUCGACCGCUUGAGCUUCCGGAGUUGGCCACCGCAAUGGCCCUGGAUUUCGUGGACCCAGUCUCUUCUGCUCAGAAACCAGUCUCUCUGGACUGCGACCCGAUAGAUGACUGGUAUUCUCGUGAUAUAUCAGUGGACAUUCAGCUCACUCUGAGGAACAUCUUGGAAAUUCGCGGUACGGCAGUGAGCAUCGCGAACCUACACCUGAGGAAAGCCGUCAUAGAAGAAGUAAGAAAAAGAGCAAACCGAUCAGAUCUAUCAUACAAAAUGGAAGGAGAAAAAUUCGAGGCGGCUGGGCUGUCCAGAAACAUUGACCACCUUACAAUUGCUCAGAUAUGUCUCGGCUAUCUCUCAGUAGAACGCAUGGAAAGAGUCUACGAACUUUUGGAUGGGCAGCAUCUGCUACAUUCAGGUCCUUACCAAGAUAACUUCUGCAUCUACGCUGCACAGUACUGGCCGGCUCAUUAUAGAUCUAUCGAGGGUCCUGCUGCUGAGGUUAUUACCGCAAUAAUGGAACGGCUUCAAUGCCCUCCCUGGCUCGCAGCAUGGAGGAAACUGAAUGAUCAUUUGGGGUAUCUUGAGCAUAAGAUUCCCGAAAUCCCAGAUUUUCAGGCACCAAUCUCUUUCUAUUGUGCUAGUCUGGGAUUGAGAGCUGCCCUUGAAGUAGCAUUGGAAAAGGAAGUUCAGAUGAUUGAUGACGAGAGCAAAGAUAUAAUCUUGAUGGCAGCAACAAGAUCAGGCGACCUGAAGACUGUAAAGUAUUUGCUUGCAAGAUUUGAUUAUCAACAUGAUUCUAUUUCCGAAGCCAUCGCAGGCCUGCUCAUGAGUGGAAACCAAGCUGUGAUAACAGAACUCUUGAAGAGAUUCCAGUGGGAGCAAGAGUCACCUGCUAUUACCUCUCUGUUAGAACAAGCUGCUUAUAUGAAUGGGCCUCCACUGCUAAUGCAGACUGCUGCCGACCAACUUAAACAGCACCAGAGUGGUUCAACGGCUCACUUACAGCCGGCUUUGCAUGCCGCGGUCAAAGUGGGCAACAAAGCCGCGGCAGAAAUCAUACUCGAUUUAAAAUUCUUAGCAACCAAGGCCACUAGAACAGCUACGGAUGAAGAAAGCCAAACACGAGACCCCGCAAGCAACUUAUUACACUUGGCCGUUGCAAACGGAAACGUCAACUUGCUAUCGAUGCUCGCCUCGGAAAACUUACCAAUCGAUAUGGUGGAUGAGAAAAACAGGACUUCACUUCAUCUUGCUUCUAUGCUGAGCUAUCAAAGCAUGGUCCGUCACUUGAUCUUGCGGAAAAUAGAUGUCAAUGCAAAGGAUGCUCUCGGUCGUACGGCUUUACAUUACGCGGCUCUUAUGGGUCACCUUGAAAUUGUAAAAGAGCUACUUUUACAAGAAGACAUUGCGAUUGAUGAAAUGGACGCUGCGGGAGAUACUCCAUUACUGUUGGCCACCAAAAUGCAACAAGGGGAGGUGGUAGAAGAGCUAUUGGAGAAAAAGGCAUCCCACAAGAAGUAUAAUAAGUUCGGGGAUACGGCUCUUCAUAUCGCCGUCCGGAAUGCGGACAAAUCUAUUGUUCAAUUGUUAACCGCAGAAGAGGAUGUGGACCUAGAGGCGAAGACAGUGGAUUCUUUGACACCCCUUCUCUUAGCUGCUGAAUGCGGUCACUUGGAUAUAUUCAAGCACCUUCUCAAUUCAGGGGCCGGAAAGCACGCUGAGAACGCUGCUGGAUUAACACCUCUGCAUCUGGCAGCGAAGAAUGGUCAUGUGGCUCUCGCAGAGUUUCUGAUCCAGAUCGGGGCGGAAAUCGAUUGCUUGGGUAAUGCGACGUCUCCGCCAUUCCAUCUCGCAGCCGAAGCGGGCCAUGUCGCCUUUGUGAAGAUGCUUCUUCAGCACAAUGCAAACAUCCAGAGAAGAAAUAGAUUGGGUCAGACUCCAAUCAUGAUUGCUUGCGAAGCUGGCAACGUGGAAACCGUGAGAUGUCUCGUAAACAAUGGAGCGGGACCGGAGGAGGCAUUAAGUGUUGCUGCCGCGCAGGGCUAUCGACAAAUAGUCGAGAUUCUUCUUAAAGCUCUUGAAUCUGAUGAUGAGUUGAAAUGGAAGCGGGAUUUCUUGAACAAGGCACUGCGUGAAGCCAUUGAAAAGAAUCAUCUGUCUAUUGCUAAGCGAAUUUUCGAGACGGGAGUUGACAUUGAAAGCAAAGAUUUUCUUGGAAACUCUCUUCUUGAUCAAGCUAUGCGUUCAGGAUCAGUUGAUAUGGUUCGCCUUGUGCUUGAACGUGGUGCGGAUGUCAAUCACAUUAGCAUAUAUGGGCACAGUGCUCUUCAUUUGGCUAUCAAAUACCAACUUGACGAGUGCGUCAAGUUGCUUGUUGGAGCUGGAGCCGAUGUGAACGUCUCAAAACACUGGGUUAUGCCUCCUCUGCAUUUCGCAGCAAGUUAUGGCACCCUUGCAUCUUUCACAAUGCUUCUAGACGCAACAGAGGACAUUGAAUUUCGCUCAAAAGUCAACAACACUACUUGCAUGUAUGCGGCGUGCAAUGUAGGCAGGAAUACGAGAAUUCUGGGAAGCGAGGAUACUGUGGAGAGAAUCAAACUACUUGAGGCGAAGGGCGCGAAUAUCAAAGCUCUCGGUGGAAAAUGGGGUUCUCCCUUACACGCUGCUAUAGCAAUGCGCUCCAGAUACACGGAUGCUCAAUCCUUAGAUGUGAUGGAGUAUUUACUUUUGCGAGGGGCUUCGGUAACCGACAAAGAUGAACAGGGCAGAAGUGCCGUUCAUAUUGCCGCCUCCACCAAGGGUAGCCUGGACAGCUUCAUCAAAAUACUUGGCCGAGACCCGAAUGGCCUGACACGACAAGAUACACAGGGCAGAACUGUCUGGCACCAUGCAACAGCUGCAGGGAACCUGCGUGUUCUGAAAUACAUCUCACGGCUCAUUUGCUCCGACGAUUGUGAAAAUGAAGAAUCAUCUCAGAUACCCAAGGAUCCACGCAUCAAAGACGCCAUCUCACAAGGCGAUAAACAUGGUUGGACCCCACUCAUGUGGUCUGGCAAACAGCAAAAACACCAAAUUGUCUCCUUUCUUGUUCAUCAUGGAGCUGAUGCCAAACACAUCUCUCGGUUAGAUUGGAACGCGGAUCACGUUGCAUUGUAUCAUGGUCAAAGGAACGUGAAAAGGCGACUGAACAAGAUGAAAUCGAAGGCGGACCGGACGGCGAAAGCGGAGGAGAGACUGAGGGAGUUACAGAGGCACAAUCCGGGCGCGGAGGCAGAUGAAGAAGAAGAAGAUGAUGAUAGCGAGCUAACCUCUGAUUCUGAUGCCUAUGACGGCUCGAAGAAGCCCAUACGCCCUGUUGAGGGGGCGGGCACAGUACUCAUUGACGGUAAACCCGUAGGCGAAGCCACUCGAAGACGGCUGCUUUGCGGCGGGUGUGCGACGACGUUUAAAUUAAAUGACGAAGACUGCAAAGAAGGGGAGAUGCCGCCUGCUCCUGGUACAGAUUCGGCGCAAGUGGACUGCGCUGUGCCGUUGCCAGUCACCGAUGAUGUAGAUAAACCUUACAUGGACUUGAUGUUUAGCUCUUGA